CUUUGAAAUUUAUUGAUGCAUAAUAUCUACAGAGUAAGGUAAUACACAUACAUACACACACACACACACCUAGCAAGCGCUGCACUUAUGUAUAUCAUAGGAAGCCGGACCUCCACACGCAUAUGCGCACACACAUGUCAGAACCAAACCAACACGCACACCCUGAGAGAAUCUCCCUCCCCUCUCUUCUCCGUCACAGAAUUAGCUAUCGGCAGGAGCAGCAGUGCUCGACGUAACUUCUCCUUCGCUGGCGAUAAGUCAGCCGGUGUCAGUCUAUUUCUAGUUUCCUCUGUAUAAAGGCUCCUCGUGCAUUCUGUGUGUCUCUCUCACAUACACAUACCACCCAAUAACAGUUGAUCCGUCAAAGCCCGCAGCACUGUCUAUAUACAUUCUCUAUCCAGUCUUCCCUUUUUUCCUAACAUUCUUCAUUGGAAAAAAAAAAAAGAAAGAAAAGGAAAAACGAUAAACAUUCAAAACUUAAAAGAAACUAUUUUGAUAUAGUUAAUUGUUUAAAGCGAUUUAUAAACAUGCCUGGAUGUUUUGGAAAUAUUUCUUACCUAAAUAUACUUCAUAUUUUGUUGUAGCUACGUUUAAGUUUUUUUUAAUCCUAAAUAGUUUUAUAGGAUUUUUACAUAUUUUCUAAAUAAUUAUUCUGUUAAGAUUUCAACGUAUUCUUUUAUAAUUAUUUUUUUAUUGCUAUUUUGUUUAUCUAUGUAUAUAAUACAUAUGUAUCGGUUUCAAUCCAGUCCUCAGAGUAAAUGUAUAAUAUUAACAGAUAUUGGAGUGGAUAUUUUUUAGAAAAUGGGUUAUAAAAGUUUUAGAGCUUAAAUUUGGAAAUUGAAGAUCAACUAAAGCACAACUUUAAAAUAUUUUUUUUUUCUUUUUCCCGAUAUUUUAAAAAAAAAUAUUGACCAUGAGUAACGUGUCGAAUUUUGCCAUGUUUAGGUUGAACUUGUGGACGAAACCAUUUCUUGGAGUGGCACCCCAAGGAACAUCCGGAGGCCGGGGUAUGGAUAGUUCGUCUUUUGUUCCAAACCCGUUGACCUCUCCGGCGUUGAUGGUUUUAGCAUCAACUUCUGAUAGUGGUCAUGAUACCAACCGUCUCUCCAGCUCUCAUCAUUUCUCAGGACAAAAUGUUGACAAGGAUCCUACGCCUGGUGCCUCUUUCAGCACCUCAUCAUUCAUGUACCGUCCAGGGGAGCCUUUCGCUCCACCACUGUACGCUCCUCUACCGCCCUAUGUCCAGUCCAAUCACUUGGAUCGUGGAGUGAGUAUUAUCAACAGUGGUGGCGGGAGUGCUUUCCGACCUGUAGCCAGUUCCUCGGACUGUGGAGUAGAUGAGUAUCAGUCGGCAUUUUUACCAACCAAGAAGAGCAAACAAGAAGAAAAUUCGGCUUUAACAACUCUGUACAACCACUGUAACAACGCCAGUGAAAGGUUGGUGGAACAGGCCUCUUUUGGUCACUCGAGGGAGGAGAAAAGUAGUCACACCACUGUCAAAGAAGAGAGACCAUCUAGUUUAUGUUCUGGCUCAUGUGAUACAAACUCUGAGAGUCACUCAGAGUCGGGAGAUCAUACGGAACGUGCCACACCUGAUGAAGGCAGAAACUUAAGAAAACAGAGGAGACGUAAUAUCUUGGAUGGUCAAACACCAUGUUGUCCAGUCUGUGGUUUAACACUGCGAGCGGGAGAAUUCGAAGCUCAUCUAGCACUUGAGAUAGAUAAAAUUGAAAAGCUUAGCAGGGUCAAUCGCAGGUCUCGAGAAUCCACAUUACAAAAUCGAAAAAAUCUUAUAUGCCAAAAUCCAUUGGGUCGAAAAGGCAAAGACUCUCCUACUAUAGAAGCAGCUUCCCAGCAGAGAUAUGAGACCUACCAAAGGAUCAAGUGUAACAGGCAGUCGAGACUAAGCUCUCGGAGUAGGAACAAGAAGAAAAGACCAGAGGAAGCAGUUUGUCCUAUUUGUAAUGAAAAAUUAUCUGGAACAGCUCAGGAACUUAAUGAACAUGCAGAAUUGUGCUUGAAGAAGAAGGAACAGAUUACCGAAGAUGACCAUGUUGACGUGGAAGGAGAUGAUAGUGGGGAACAGUAUGAAGAAUAUACAUGGGCAGGACAGACAAGGAUACGAGCAACAACUAUGCUUCAAGGGGGUUUUGCAGGUUCAGGCUUCCAACUGUCAAGCAGUCGUUUAUCUGUGGAUGAUGACAUUGAUUUGAAUGUUGAUGGUGAUGACUCAGAGCAAUAUGGCAAGCCUCAAUACAGUGAAGUAGACAUCAUUCCUUGUUCUGCAGAUGAACCUGAAGAAGAUAGAGAAAGACAAGCACUUCGGGGUGCCAUGCUCGGCACAACAAUUGGUUCUAUGAUGGAAUUAUCAAAUUCUACAGAAAGAGGCGAACACAAAUUUGAACCUGAACCCAGUUGUUACCAACCUUAUAAUCAAGCUGUAGACCAAGGAUCAACAUCACAUAGCUAUGACCCUCGCACUGCAACUAAUUCUUCACAGCGGAUUAUAUCUGCACUGAAAUGUCGCUUGAAGGAGAAAGAAGAAGAAAAAACUGAAGAGAAACAUAAAUGUUUGAUCUGCAUGGAAUCAUAUAAAGUCCCUUUAACAUCAGUCCAAUGUUGGCAUGUCCACUGUGAGCAGUGUUGGCUGAGGACUCUAGGAGCCAAGAAGUUGUGUCCACAGUGUAAUAUGAUUACAUCUCCAUCAGAUCUCCGGCGAAUAUUUUUGUAGCAGAUUUUCUCCCCCAUUAACCUCACACAACUAGCUCUCUCUUUUUUAUUAUUUAUUUUUAAUUAUGAUUGUGUAUAAUUUACUCUUCAUACACAGUACAAAAACACUCACUCACCCACACACCACGUCAUUGUCCCUCCAUAAGUCAGCUAUUCUAAUUACAUUGUGGUGUCUUUCCAAUUCCGGAUACAGAGAACUGUGCUAACUCAUCAGGAACAAAUGGCAACAGAACUCUCUUGAAUCCUUGACCAAACAGAAAAUCACAAUAACACGAAUACUUAACACACUUUCUUACCCUCUGGUUCUAGCAAGAUCACCAGAUGUGAGGACUGAUUUGCAGAUUUUAACAAUAAUAAAAAAAAUAUAUAAAAUUAAAAACAAAUAAAAAAUAUAUCAAAGAAUUUAUCCAUUCGGGUAAUACAAAAAAAGAAAAAAAGAAAAGGAAACUUAUCUGCAUUCUCUUGAAUGCGAAAUACCUUUUUGGAUAUUAUACACCUCUCGGAUCUUUAAAUCUGUUAGUGAUCUUGAGGUAAAAAUCACAAAGUAGAUUCCACUUUAUAUAAUUCUCUCUACUAUUUUGACAUCAUAAAACCUUUGCUCCAACA